AUGAUUGCCAAUCAAAAAUCAUUUAAGUAGCCAGCUUCUUCUUCCUAUUAAUUUCUCGAUAAAUUAGGUUAAGGGUAUAUAUUAUAAAAUAAAAUAGUGCUUUUGGUUACAUAUGGAAAGUCAGACAUAUUUCAAGUGGAUAAAUAUAUGCCUGUAAACUAGUAAAAAAUUCAAUGAAAAAAGAAAAAAAGUUGUUAUUAAGAGAAAUAUAAAUUUUGUAAUAACUUAAAGGCAAGAAAGGUAUGGUUUAAUAAUUUUAUUAUUUUUGAGGAUUUACAUAAUUAUUUGCAUCAGGUUCAGAUUUACAUAAUACAUAUUUUGUAAUGAAUUUGAUGGGAGAAAACUUAGAAUAAAUUCGUUAAAAUAAAGGUAUUUUCAAUAAGAUUUUACCAAUUGGAUUAGAAAUAUUGUAGCUUUUGAAAGAGCUCCAUUCGGAAGGAGUAAUUCAUAGAGAUAUUAAACCUGAGAACUUUGUGAUGAAUCAAGGAAGAAUAAAUUUGAUUGAUUUCGGAUUAUCAAAAAAAUAUAUCAUAAAUGGAAAUCAUAUAAGUUAUAGAGAAAAUAAGGGAAUGAUUGGUACUGCUAGAUAUGCUUCAAUUAAUGCUUUAAAAGGUAUUGAAUAAUCAAGAAGAGAUGAUCUCGAAUCUGUUGGUUAUAUGCUCAUUUAUUUACAUUAAGGUGAUUUGCCUUGGUCGCAUAUUUGUGAUUAAGAAAAAGAAAUUAGAUAUUCUAAGAUAAAGAAAAUGAAAAAAUCAUUAAAAUUAGAUGAAUUGUUUGGAUUACCUAUUUAAUUAUAAAUUUAUAUGGAUUAUGUUAAAGGAUUAUAAUUUGAAGAAGAUCCAGAUUAUGAUUAUAUGAUCUCUAUCUUUUAAUAAGUUGAAAAAAGUAAUCGUAUGAUUUAUCAUAAUUAUUCUUCUAAACCAAUAAUAAAAUUAAGAUCAAUUUUAAUUUAAAGAAGGAGUGUUCGUUCACCAUCUAAAGGAGUAAAUUCAAGUAGAAAAAUUAGUUUCGAAAAUGAUACAUCAGAAGGUUCUGAAAUUGAUGAAGAAUUGUGCAAUUCAAUAUAAUUAAAACAUUUUGUAGUAGGUAUAAAAUAACCAACAAGUAGUCCAAUAUAUGUCAAAUGUAAAUGA